AUGGAAAGUGAUUUCCACCGGUCCGUUUCUUCUCGGCCUGCCCGAAGAAAUCAACCCCAGCAAGCCAAAGAUAGUGAAGCGGGGUUGUUGUACAGUGGGAAAUUGACCCAAGAAAUUGCGAUGAGGAUUAUAUGGAAAAGGGGUUUCGUUCGGUUGAUUCUUACGGGCGGGAUCAUCUGGAUGUUGUUAAUUCUCACUGUUCUGUUGUUUCAUAUAUGGUCUUGCCAAUCUUCUGUUGCCUUCUUUUCGGCUCUUUGUAACAAAGAUAGCAAGGUCUAUGGCGUGUUAAACACCAUGGGACUCGUGACACCACCUCAUCGUUGUCCUAUUCCUGUUCUUGAUGACCCAAAAAAAGUAGUCAUUCCUAAGAAGAGAACACCAGAAAGAUUAGUACAAAGGCUGUCAUAUUUUACUGAAGAUAGUGCUGCAACCAAUGGAUCUCACUCGUCUCCUCUGUUUGGCGGGCACCCAACUUGGCAACAGAGAGAAGAAAGCUUUAAACUCAAGCCAACCAUGAAGGUGCAUUGUGGGUUUAUGAGAGGCGGAGGAGAGGAGAUGGAUCCACGGGAUAUUGAAUACGUAAAAAAAUGUAAAUUUGUUGUUGCGACUGGCAUUUUUGAUGCUUAUGACUCGCCUCACCAGCCAUCCAAUAUCAGUAAACGUUCAGAGUCUCUGUUCUGUUUUCUAAUGGUGGUUGAUGAAGUGUCUCUCAAAUUCAUCAAAGGGAAUGUUAGUGUGAGAGAAGAUUCUCAAGGAGGGCAGUGGGUGGGUAUCUGGCGUUUAAUUCCACUGAAGAACCAGCCUUAUGAUGAACCUAGAAGAAAUGGGAAGGUUCCAAAGAUAUUGACACACAGAUUGUUUCCUCAAGCCGAGUACAGCAUCUGGAUUGAUGGUAAAAUGCAGCUUAUAGUGGACCCAUUGCUUCUAUUAGAGAGAUACUUAUGGCGUGAGAAAAACACCUUUGCGAUUGCUCAGCACAAACAUCACAAAAGUAUAUAUGAGGAGGCUGAUUCAAACAAACGAAGAAAACGUUAUGCUCGCCCGCUAAUUGAUCUACACAUGAAAAUAUAUCGUUAUGAGGGGUUGGAGGCAUGGAAUCAGUAUGGAAAUACCUUGAGCGAUGUGCCUGAAGGAGCAAUCAUCAUACGCGAACAUACUGCGUUAAAUAAUCUGUUUAGCUGCCUGUGGUUCAAUGAGGUUCACCUCUUUACACCAAGAGACCAACUAAGCUUCGGAUAUGUCGUCUAUAGGUUAGGAGGUCUUUUCAAAUUUUUUAUGUUUCAUAAUUGCGAGUACAACUCGAUCUUUGUGCUGCAUCCACAUAAUCGGGAGCACUCAUCCAAAAUCGAAUGGGCAAAAACUAUAGCAGAACUGAAAAAGCAACCCGAUUUGAUAGAAAGCAGGGGAGGAUUAGGUUUGUGGACACCUUAUCCUGGGAACCUUGAUUUGGUUGUAUUGCCACCGGUAGCCAGAACUUCAAAAGCAGGCUGA